AUGGAUUCCGGCCGUCUGUUCUUCGAUUCGCCUUCGACUUCCUCCUCCCGCAGCCGCUUGAUCCUCUUGGGCAGCGCCAAGUCGGACUUCCAAGGUACUAAUUACACCAAUCCUUUGUCGAAUUGCGCGGUUGCGGGAUCGACGGAGGCGAGCGGGGCGUUCAAGAUCCGGCCUUUCUUCACGUCGAAGUACGAGAUUUACGAGGGGUUUCCGUCGGAGAAGAAGCGGCGCCUUACGUCGGAGCAGAUACGCAUGCUGGAGCGGAGCUUUGAGGAGGAGAACAAGCUGGAGCCGGAGCGGAAGAGCGAGUUGGCCAAUAAAUUGGGGUUGCAACCGAGGCAGGUGGCCGUGUGGUUCCAGAACCGGCGAGCACGGUGGAAGAACAAACAAGUGGAACGUGACCUCGAUCUUCUCAAGGCCUCUUACGAUGCUCUCCUCAUUGAUCAUGAUGCCCUUAUCAAGGACAACGAACACUUGCGUUCUCAGGUGAACUUACUGCUCGAAAAGCUGCAAGAAAUUGAGAAGGGGGCAUCUGAACCGAGCAGACUGAACCCGGCUGAUCAGGCAGCCUCCUCCACUGAUGAUCUUCUAAUGCCCCUGAGCAGCCACCAGAAGGUGGAGGACCUUCUGAGCACAGGGAGCGGUGGAAAUGCAUCUGCCGGCAAACCAGAGUCUCGUCUCCCUGUGGAGCCUUUACUCCUGGAGUCAGGGGGCCACCACGCCGGCAUCCAUUGUGAGGACGACAUGAACGAUAAGGGGUACAAUCGCUGUCGCGAUGGCGUCUUCACAGGACACCACCAUAAACUGCUGCAGCAGCAACAUGAGGCAGCGCUGCUGAUUCAGUGGUUGGAUCGUGUCGAAAGUACUCUCCUCCACUAAGAAAUUGGAACCAGAAAAAAAAAUUAAAAUCAAAAUGCAGUGCUCUACUGUCACUUCAUCUUCUUUGUUUAAGUUUAAUGUUGGUAAGUCAACUAGCUGUUGGACGUGUCUAAGUAGUUGUAAGGUACGGUGCCAUGCGACCAGCGUAUAAGACUGGAUGGUUGUUCUGUAUUUAGUGUUCUCUGGCUCUUUGCUUCGCCAAUACACCUCUUGCAAACCUGAUGCUUGAUUUUUAGUC